AUGGCGCUUUACAUCCGACAGCUUAACAUCAACGACCUCGAACGGUCUCUCGUCGUCGAGACGGCAGCGUUCCCUCCCGCAGAGGCGGCCACUCGUGAAAAGAUCGAGUACCGCUUGACCGUCUGUCCCGAGCUUUGCGUCGGUCUUUUUCUUCGCGCUGGAGCAGAGUUGCCCGCUCAAGCCCCUCAGGACAUCCCCAUCAUCACCGAGGGUGCUUCAGACGACGAUGUCCUGAUUGGACACGUCAUUUCCACAAUGUCGACAAACAAGCCUGUGCGGGAUGAGGACAUGGCUUGUCCGCCCGAGUGGAAGGCCAACCCGCAAGCUGACUACGAGGUUGGUCACAAGAAGAAUGGCACGACGAUUGCACUGCACUCACUAGCCGUCUCGCCCAAGUACCAGAGGUCUGGUUUCGGCAAGGCGCUCAUGGCGGCGUAUGUCGGCCAGAUGAAGAAGGCUGGCAGGGCUGAGAGAAUCUCGAUUCUCACCUAUGACCGCCUUGUGCCUUACUACCAGAAGCUUGGAUUCGAGCACUACGGAAAAAGUGAAUCGGAAUAUGCCGGAGUGGCCUGGCAUGAUCUAUCAUACGUUUUCUAA